GGCCAGAAGGAUGAGCAUCACCUGCUGCCAGACAGACAACUGCACGCCGGACUCUGUUAAAGUGCCCCCGGCUGACACCAAACCCAACGGCCGGAGCUGCCGUGGCUGCUACUCUCUGUCCUCUGAGCAGUGCCGUGAAGAGACCAUACAGUGUACUGGAGCCGAGACCCACUGUUUGGACGUUGCCGGGCCCCUAAAAUCUGGUGGAAAUACCACUAAGAUCAUCAUGAAGGGCUGCGUUACCGUGUCCGUGUGCUCCCAGGUAAAUGCAGGUUCUGGGACCUUCCUGGGGAUCCGUGGAGAUCUACCCAAGCACACAUGCAGAGCAGCCACCAGCGCGGCCGGCACAGCUCUGGGACCAGCCGGGCUCCUUCUUCCCACCCUCACUGGGCUCCUCCUGCUGAAAUUUCUCUCCUGAUUCCCCACCCCAUGCAAUGGCCCUGCCACAUUCAAUAACACCCCGGCUGCCUGUGUCUGCCCCUCUCUGCAGCUGCUCUCCCCUCCCAGGGGCUCUGGGCUCCCAGCCGGAUUCGCUUCCCCUUUAGAUUGUUCCACUUAAUAAAACAAACUGGAGACCAAA